AUGAUUAAUUAUUUAAAAAAAUAUGUAAUAAUAAUUAUAAUUUUUCAAGUUUUUCUGAAAAAAAAAGAAGCCAUAAAAAUAAGGAGAUUUCAUGAGUAUUUAAAUUUUAUUCAACCUACCUUUUUCACAAAUACUUCGAAAUAUCAAAUUAAAACAAAUUUUAAUACUUUAAAGAAAAAAGAUAAAUAUAAUUCUUCAAGAGAAUAUUAUUUAGUGAAAAGGGAAAGGGAAUCAAAUGAAGGUGAUAAAGAAAAUGAUUACGCAAAUAAACCCUUGGAAGAAGAAAAUAAUAAUAACGAAGUAAUAAAUAAUAAAGAUAGUCAUUUUAAAAAUAAAAGAAAUAACGAUGAAAAAAGUGAAGUUUUAGAUAAUAGAAUCAAUAAUAAUAAUGAAUGUAUUGAUAAUGAUAAUAAUAUGUAUUUGAAUGGUGAAAUAUUAAAAGAAGAAGAAAUAAACGAGCAUAUGAAGUUUCAGCAAUGGAGUGAUAGAUUUCUUUUGUCAAAUGAGAAAAAUUUCUUUUAUGAUAUUGGAAAUAAGUGUAUAAAUACUAAAUAUUAUGAUAAAAUAAAUCAAAUAAAUGACAAAUUUUAUAAAAAAGAAUGUGUUUUAAAAGAUAGUUCAAUAAAAUUAACACCCUUUCAAAAUAAAACAGAAAAUGAAAAUAUAUGCCUAUCAUUAACUAAAAAUAUAAAGCAAAAAUUGAGUUAUGAUACAUAUGAAAAAAAAAAUAGUAAUAAUGAUAAUAUUAAUAAAGUAGAUAAUAAUUAUCAUAGUGACUGUACUAAUACACAUAACUAUAUAAAUGAUAAAAAUGUUUUUGUUCAAAAAGAAGUAAUUUUAAAUGAAGAGGAAAUACUGAAAUUAUCACAUAUUGAUUAUACAAAAAGAACUAACUUAAUAUUUCCAUCCAGAUCAUUAUAUAGUGCAGUUUAUAUAGGUAAGGAAGCCUUUAAUGAUUUUAUAGAGAAAGGAUUAUAUUCUAUUAAAUUAAGUUUAAAUAAAUAUUUAAAUAGCUAUUAUGAAUGUAACUUAAAAUCUAAUUUAGAUGAUAAAAUUUUUUUAAUGUUUAUAAUAAGAUAUAUAAAAAGUUAUAUAUUGAAUAUAAUUUAUAAAACAUUUCAAAUAAAAUUAUUAAAUGAAGUAGAAAUUGAAAAUGAUUCAAAUAUUUUACCAGAUAAAAAUAAACUAAUAAAUAAUGAGACGUAUUUAGAAUUAUCAUCAGAAUAUGAAGCAAUUAUAAACAUUCUAAUUCAUUUUUUUGAUAAAAUAAAAGAAUUGUUUAAAAUAAACGAAAAAGAAUUAAUCGAUUAUUUAGCAAAAAAAACUGAAACAAUAACUUACUCUACUCCAUAUAAUUUUAAAAGCAAUAAAGAAGCUGAAAGACACAUAAAUAACAUGUGGACUUUUUUUAAUUUUAAAAUAUUUAACAAUGAAUUGCCAAGUUUCGAUUCUAUUAAUUUUUAUUGGAUGAACAGCAAAGUGGAAAACCUAUUAAAAAUAAAGAAUAUGAAAUCAUAUAAAAUUGUUAAUAAGGAUUUUAUUAAUUUACCUAGCAUUAUGAUUUUCUCAAAUUUGAAAAAUUCUCCAAUAUUAUUAAAUUACAUGAUAUUAAAAAUGAUGUAUGAAUAUAGAAAUUUAUUAAAAGAUGAUAUAUUACCAUUUAAAGAAAUAAAAAAUUACCAAAAGUUAAAAAGAUUUGAUAUGACAAAGCAAAAAAUUAUAAAAUUUGUUCAUGGAAUAUCUGGUUUAUUAGAGAAUAUUGAUUUUUACUUUUAUACACCAUAUCUAGGUGAUCUAAACUUAUCUGGUAAGGAAUCAGCAAUUUUUUUUUCCUAUUUAAAAAAUGUUAGUGGUGAUAACGGUAAACUCCUUUAUAAUUUGGAAUACAAUAAUGAACUUUCUUUUUACAAUAAAAAUGAAAGAGAAAGUAGCAUUAAAACUAAAUAUUUUGGUAAAGAAUCUGAUUAUUCAAAUGUUUUUAAGGAAGAAGUACAAGAAGAACAAAAGGAAGCAGAAAAUAUAAAACAUAAAAAUGAUGAGAUAAAAUUAGAAGAGGAAGAUGAAGAAAUAGAAGAAGAUGAUUUAGUUUUUCUUCUUCUAAAAUCUAAUGUUACUAACGAUAUUGAUAAAGCUAUCCAUAUGGCUACUAAUGUUUAUAAAAAAAAAAAUAUAAAUAGUAUUUGGGGAAAUUCAUAUGAUAUAAAUUAUGAAAAUAUAGAAGAAAGAACAAAAAAAAUAAAUGAUUUAUCGAAAAAAGAGAAUAGUUUUCAAUUACAGCGUUUUAGAAUACCCUUAAAUGAAUUUUCUGCCUCACUUUUUUUAUGUGAUGCAAAUAAUUCAACAAAAUACUUAACUCAAAAUAUAGAAAAAUUAAAAGAAUUAAAUGAAUUUGAUUUAACAUUUGUACACAAUGCUUUAACAUAUUCAUGCUUAAGAUUCCUUCAUGACAGUGGGAAUGAAAAUGAAGAUGUGGAAGGUCUUUUGAAAAAAUUCGAAAAAAAUGAAAAAGUAGAAAUAACUAAUAAUAUAAUGGCUUUGCAAAUGAUGGUUGUUAUUGGAGAAUUAUUUAGAAACAUAAGAAAGAUGAGAAAUAAGGAAAAAUUUUCUUUUAAGAGAAUUUUGCAAACAGAUGUUAUAGUUGAUCUUUAUAAUAGUCAUAGUAUUUAUGAUGAACAUAUGAAUAUUAAUAAUAUGGAAUAUAUUAUGAAAAAUUUGAAAAUUGAUUAUCCCUUAAAAAGUAAUAUACUGUUGAAUGAAAAAAACAAAGAAGAAAUUGCUUAUUACUUUUUAAAUUAUUAUACAAAAUAUUUAUUUCGAUUUGAUUUGCCAAAUAAUAUAGUCAUUAAAUUUACAAGCGAUAUAUCUGGAUUAAGUUUUUAUGAUUAUAAUUUUGAUUACAUAUCCAAUGAUUCUGUCAUAUAUAUAAAUAAUGAUAUAAAUAGUUCUUUGAUAUUAUCACGAGUUUUGUUAGACGAAUGUCUAAAUAUUUACGAAAAAUACACUACUUAUAUUCAUAAAUAUGGUGGAAAUACUGAUAAUUCGACUAUCCAGAAAGCUAAAAGCAACUUAAAAAAAGAGAGUGAAGAAGAAGAAAAUAAAGAAAAAGAUAUGAUAAAAAAUGAUAAAAUUAAUAAUAGUAAAUUAGAUAAUGAAAAAUACACAAAUAAAGAGGAAAUUUGCGAAGAUUUUGAUAACAAAGACGAUGAUCCUGUUGAUGCAGAAGAUUAUGUAGAAGAAGAUAUUAAUGAAGAAAAUGUUAGCUUAAGUAACGUUAAAGAAAUAAAAACUAAGAAAAGUGAUAUUUAUGAAAAUUGUCAAGAAAAAAUAGAAGAGAAGGAAAGUGAAGAAGUAAUAGAUGAUGAACAUGUAGAUAUAUUUAACUACUUAAAAAUUAAUAGAAUCGUGCAGUUUAUUCGAUUUAUAAUUGAAUAUAAUAAUUGGCCUAUUUUUUUGGAUGAAACUAUAAAUUUAGAAAAUUACUUAAAUUCUACAGAAAUUAAUUUAUUUAAAAAUAUUAAACAUUUUAAUAACUUAAAUAAUUUCUACAUAAAUUUAAAAGAUUUUAAUAUAAAUAAAAACAGAAUUAUGCAAAUAAUUGAAAAUUCUAUAAAAAGAGAAGACUGCGAAAAUAUUUGGUUAGAAAAGAAAAUUCCUAUUAAGCAUAUUGCAUCAGCCUUAUUUACAAAUAAUUAUGUAAAUUUGUAUAAAAUACUUCAAAAAGGUAUAAAAGUUUUAAUUAAUCUGAAUUUAGAUGAAGUAAAUUUUAUUAUGAAUAAAUGUAAAUAUGCAGCUGAAAUUGUGUAUUAUAAAAGAUUGGAGGAAAUCAAAUCAUCAAGUAACAAUUUAAUUUUUACCAUGUAUAAUGAAAAUUUGAGUUCUAUAGAAUAUUAUUUUGAUAAAUUAAAAGAAAAAAUUAUUUUAAUUAAAUUAGUUAAAAAUGAAGAUGUUUUCCAAAUCCUUGCAAACUUAAUAACUAGUUUUCUACCAAAUUCUACGAAAUAUCCAAAGGAAGUUGAUAUAAAAGAUAAUGUAAAAAAAGAAGAUAUUAAUAAAUUUAUAUUUUUAUGUGAUAAAGAGAAAAAAAAAUGUGGAAUAGCGAAUGAAUUAAAUAGAAAAAAUGUUACUUAUAAUUUAUUUAAUUUUUUUAAUAAAGAAAUAUUUGAUAGUAAAAUAAAAAAUGUGGAAAUAGAAUUUGUCAAAGACGAUAAAAUAUUGUCUAGUCACGCAAAUUUUAUUAAUACAUUUGAAAACUCAAAGAUAUUAAUAAACGACAAUGUUUUUUCAGUUAAUAUUCUGUCUAAUGUACUGUUAAAAGAAAUGGCAGAAAUUUUUUAUUUUUAUAAUGAAAGUAGUAUAGAAAAAGAAAACAAAUUGUAUCUCAAUAAUAAUUUUAAGAGUGCAUAUUUGCCUGUUAUAAAUAAAUAUUCUAAAAGUUUUCAGAAUGUUGAAAACAAGGAGUUUUUUGAUUUUGUAGCAAAAGAUAUACAGAGUAAAAAAAAAAAAAAAGAAAGUAAUGAUAAUAUAGAUGAAAGUAAAUUAAAUGAAAAUGAAAUUAUUGAAUAUGAAAAUAAAAAGGAAGAUAAUGAAAAUGCAUUUCAUAAUAGUGAAAAUAAAAAUUUUCAAAGGGAAUACUUUGCUGCAGAAAAGGAUAAAUACGACAUUGAAAAAUUAAUUGACAAAAUUGCAAAUUAUGAUCAUGAUGAAAUGUUUAAAGAAAUAUUAGAAUUUAGAAAAUAUAAAUAUAAUGAUAGUACUGAAAUUCAAAAAUGUCUUGAAGAAUAUUUAUUUACAUAUGAUAAAAUAAAUAUGAUAAAAUAUUCUUCUUCAGAGGCAAGUAAAAAUAAUAUGAGUGAACAAAAUGAGAAAGAAAACAAAAAUGCAGAAAAAGAAUUGUGUUACGAACCACAUGAUAUAAAAUCAAUUUAUUUAAAUUACAUGUAUAAAUAUAUAGAAUAUAUUAUAAAUAAAAAAGAGUUACCAAUCAAUUUUAAUUACAUAAAUGACGAAUGGAUAAAUUCAUUAACAGAAUUAGAAAAUCAAAAAAUUUUAGAUUAUUCUACUAAAAAAUAUACAGGACAUUUAUAUGACUUACUAAUUAAUAGUAAUGCUUGUUCAUCUAAAAGAGCUUUGCAUAUUUUAGAUUUAAGCUUAAGUAAAAAUGGAAAUGAAGAUUUAACAGAAACUACUGUUUCAAGUAGUGAUAUAAAUCAUUCUAUUAAAAAUUUUGAUGAAUAUAUUUUAUGGGUAUCUAACAAUAAAAGAAAAACUUUUGAAAAAUUAAAUGCAGAUGAUGUAUUAAAUUCUGAUACACCUGAUAAUGUAAAAAAAGAAAUAAAAGAUGUCAUUGAGGAAUAUAAUGCUAUAAAUGAAACAAAUGCAAAUAAAGACCUAGAUCCUAAUAAUGUAACUAUUGACAACUUAAAAGAUUUAGUUAAAAAACAUAACAUUUCAAAAGAAGAAUUACAAGCAGCAAUAAGCCAAUUAGAUAUGCCGAGUGAUUUUGAUAUCAAUUCAUUAUUUUAA